AUGGCCUGGAUUUUCACCAUGAAUGACUUGUUCAACAAAAUGUUUGGCAAGGAUGCUCUUUCUUAUGAAUUUGACAAACGUAUUAAAACGAGUUAUAAUAUCAUCAAACUGUGUACCUAUCUAACAAUAUCAUCAUGCACUGUGGGAGCAGCUCUUUCCUACAGUUUUAACCAGUUUUACUUCCUUGCUGGAACAGCAACAAAGUCCACAAUCCAUUCCAGCUAGCAGCCCAGCUUCCAGCAACACUGGCCCAGUCAGCAGCUUUUUCACAAGCCUCUUAUCAAGCCCCGCCACUACUAGCCCUUCAAAUUCCAGUUGCAGCUCUUCGUCCAGUGUCACAGUGGAUACUAAAACUGCCUUUGUUCCUCAACUAUCAGAACCUUUGUUUAUUCAUGAUUUACGAAUUUUGUGCUGCAAAUGAUUGUUCCAGAGGCCAACUUGCUACCCAUGAUCUUCCGCCUGUAAUUCAAAUUCCAGAUGAUAACAUCGAGCUGGUUGUUGAUCCUGGACAUCUUAACAAUCCUCUGCAGUCCCCAGUCAGGCCUUCAGAAUCAGCAAUCACUAAGGGUUAUAGACUGAUGGAUGCGGCAGCUGGAGAAGACAGUGAUGAUGAGGAUUUCGACACUGCAGUCAAGUUUGGAGAUCUCGGGGUCUUUGACAGCAGAGCUCUAGACAUUUGGAUGAAAGCAUCAAAAGCUUCCUCCAUUAAGUUUAGAGUCCAAGAAGAGGAAAAUUGGAUGAAAACUACAAGCACCACAUUAAUCCCUUAG